CGGCCAGCGGCCCGGGAUAAAUACGGCGGCCGGGACAGCAGCGCAGCACUCCAGGGAGCCCCGCGCGCCCGGCGACCCUCCACAGCGCCCCCCGCGAGCGCAGGUACCCCGCUCCGCACCCCCGAUCCCGCAGCCCUCCACUCGGGCUCCCUGCAGCCGCUCCCUCACCGGCCCCGGCACCCCGAGCAUCCGCCCAGGGCGGCGCGUCCCCAAGGCCGCCGGGCCAGUCCCGUCCAUCAGUCCGUCGCGUCCAUCCGUCGCGUCCGUUGGCAGUGCCAUGCCAUUCCUCGGGCAGGACUGGCGGUCCCCCGGGCAGAGCUGGGUGAAGACGGCCGAUGGCUGGAAGCGCUUCCUGGAUGAGAAGAGCGGCAGCUUCGUGAGCGACCUCAGCAGUUACUGCAGCAAGGAAGUAUACAAUAAGGAGAAUCUUUUCAACAGCCUGAACUAUGAUGUUGCAGCCAAGAAGAGAAAGAAGGACAUGCUGAAUAGCAAAACCAAAACUCAAUAUUUCCACCAAGAAAAAUGGAUCUAUGUUCACAAAGGAAGUACUAAAGAGCGCCAUGGAUAUUGCACUUUGGGGGAAGCCUUCAACAGGCUGGACUUCUCGACUGCCAUUCUGGAUUCCAGAAGAUUUAACUACGUCGUACGGCUGUUGGAACUGAUAGCAAAGUCACAGCUCACAUCCCUGAGUGGCAUUGCCCAAAAGAACUUCAUGAACAUUUUGGAAAAAGUGGUACUGAAAGUCCUGGAAGACCAACAAAACAUUAGACUAAUAAGGGAACUACUCCAGACCCUCUACACGUCCUUAUGUACACUGGUCCAAAGAGUCGGCAAGUCUGUGCUGGUCGGGAACAUUAACAUGUGGGUGUAUCGAAUGGAGACAAUUCUACACUGGCAACAGCAGCUGAACAACAUCCAAAUCACCAGGCCUGCCUUCAAAGGCCUCACCUUCACUGACCUGCCUUUGUGCUUACAACUGAACAUUAUGCAAAGGCUGAGCGACGGGCGAGACCUGGUCAGCCUGGGCCAGGCAGCCCCUGACCUGCACGUGCUCAGCGAGGACCGGCUCUUAUGGAAGAAGCUCUGCCAGUACCACUUCUCCGAGCGGCAGAUCCGCAAGCGAUUAAUUUUGUCAGAUAAAGGACAGCUGGAUUGGAAGAAGAUGUAUUUUAAACUUGUGCGCUGUUACCCACGGAAAGAGCAGUAUGGAGACACCCUUCAGCUUUGCAGACACUGCCAUAUUCUUUCCUGGAAGGGCACCGAUCACCCGUGCACAGCCAAUAACCCAGAGAGCUGCUCCGUUUCACUUUCACCCCAGGACUUUAUCAACUUGUUCAAGUUCUGAAUCCCAGCACAUGACAACACUUCAGAAGGGUCCCCCUGCUGACUGGAUGGUUGGAAAUACAGAGUUUGGACGCUUCAUUUGUAAAUAGUGUACAUUUUAGACAUUGGCUCAAAACUUCUGCGAUAAGCCAUUGAGAGGACGUUGGAGGGGAGAGACGCAGUUGCUGGCUGGGAAUUUAAGCAUAUGGACUUCUCAUUAGAAUUGGUAUGGAAAAGCAGAAAUACUGUAAAUAAACUAUUUUUCCUAAUGAUUUGCCAGCAAGACUAUGAGGCAGGAAUUCUAUUUCAUCGGUGAAAAUGGAAUUCUCUUGACGUUCACUGAGACUCCUUUAUAGUUCCCUAGAGAUGUGGGAGAAAGGGGCAAAACUCAAAUACAAGAUAGAAUGCUCUUUGUUUACAAUGUGAAAAUGUGUUGGAAAAAAAAAAAAAGAAGAAAAA